AUGGCGGACAGCAAGUCUUCUCUAACCAACCUGUACAAUUCUAAAGUUGUCACGGCAGAGAAAAUGCAACGUCCUCUGCAGGGUUCUCUGGGACUGAAGGGCGUGCCCCACCAAGGGGUUCGUGUCACUACAGAGAGCGGGGAUCAGUGGCUCGUUCACAAGACCAAAGGCCAGGGGUCCAGUGACACAGUGGUGACCGAUGCCAGGCACAUGAGCUCUGCCUGGAAUGUCGUCGACAAGAAGGACAUCAGUGGUGGGCGGUCCGUAGGUGACUAUGUGGCUGCAGGGGGGACGAAGUACAAUGUUGUCACCAAUAACUGCUUGGAUGCCACGCGCCGGAUGAUGCAGCAGUAG